UUUAGUUUAUUAUUAUUUUUUUUUUUUUUAAGUUACAUUUGGUUAGGUAAUCCCCACUCUGACCCACACUCCAACACAGUAGGUGGCGGUAAUGCACCUUCACGUUAGUGCCUCCCGCCAAUAAAAUCACAAGAAGAAGAACGUUUCCAUGGGAACGAAACAGCGUAAACGUCAUUUCCUGUUUGGCUCCGGUGUCUGGCGGGAGAUUGCAGCAUGGCGGUGCAGCCGAAACAAAACUUCUCCAUGGACAGCGUGGCCGAGCACGGCUUCUUGAGCUUCAUUUUCUCCAUGCCGGAGAAGCCAGACACCACGUUCCGGAUAUUUGACCGGAACGAAUACUACACGGUUCACGGGAAAGACGCCAUAUUUGCUGCCAAGGAGGUUUUCAAAACUAAUGGAGUCAUCAAAUAUUUAGGCGCAGGCAGUCGAAAGCUGGAGAGUGUGAUCCUCAGCAAGCUGAAUUUUGAGGCCUUUGUGAAAGACUUGUUGCUGGUGAGGCAGUACAGAGUGGAAGUGUACAGAAACCACAGCAAAAGCAGCAAAGAGCACGACUGGAGAAUUGAGUACAAGGCCUCGCCUGGAAACCUGACUCAGUUUGAGGAUAUUCUCUUUGGAGGUGCGACAGGAGCAGAGGGCUGUGCGGGAGUUGUUGCUGUUCGGUUUGCGACAGCAGCUGACGGGCAGCGCGUGGUUGGAGUCGGCUAUGUAGACGCAGCUCAGAGAAAGAUGGGAGUUUGUGAGUUUCCAGACAACGAGAUCUUCUCCAACCUUGAGUCCCUGCUCGUCCAGAUAAGCCCCAAAGAGUGUCUCUUAGCUCAGGGUGACAGCAGCACUGAUGGGAACAAACUGCGGGAGGUGGUGCAGCGCGGUGGGAUGCUGGUGUCUGACAGAAAGAGAGCUGACUUCAGCAGCAAAGACAUCACCCAGGAUCUCAACAGGCUGCUGAGGGUGAAGAAAGGAGAAGCAAUGGCGAGCAGCACACUUUCUGAACUGGACAAGCAGGUGGCCAUGUCGUGCUUGGCUGCAGUGGUGCGAUUCCUCGACCUGCUUUCAGACGAGUCUAACUUCAACUCCUUUAGCCUCGCCUCACUGGACCUGGGUCAGUAUAUGAGGCUGGACAAUGCUGCUGUCGGAGCUCUUAACCUCUUCCAGGGCUCACCUGAUGACAUCAGCGGCGCUCAUUCAUUGGCCGGUUUGUUGAACAAGUGUCGGACUCCACAGGGACAGCGGCUGGUCAACCAGUGGAUCAAACAGCCACUCAUGGACAAAACCAAAAUAGAGGAGAGGUUGGAUCUUGUUGAGAGUUUUGUGUGCGACUCUGAGCUGAGGCAAACCUGUCAGGGGGAUCUGCUGCACCGCUUUCCUGACCUUCACCGCCUGGCCAAGAAGUUUCACCGCCACUCCGCCACACUGCAGGACUGCUACCGCGUCUACCAGGCUGUGAGCCAGAUCCCUGGCCUCAUCGCAGCUUUUGAGAAGUAUUCGGGAAGCUACCAGGUUCUCCUGCAGGCGGUCUUCACCUCCCCGCUCACAGACCUGCAGACUGACUUCACCAAGUACCAGGAGAUGGUUGAAACCACUCUGGACAUGAACCAGAUUGAUCACCACGAGUUCCUCGUGAAGGCAUCGUUCGAUCCCGUGCUGACUGAGCUUAGAGAAAAGAUGGACGAUCUGGAGGAGAGCAUGCAGGCGGUUCUGAACAGUGCCGCCAGAGAACUGGGCCUGGAGGCGGGUAAGACGGUGAAGCUGGAAUCCAACGCCAUGCUGGGUUUCUACCUGAGAGUCACGUGUAAGGAGGAGAAAGGUCUGCGGAACAACAAGAAGUUCACCACCCUGGACGUCCAGAAGAACGGAGUGCGCUUCACCAACAGCAAACUGAGCUCUCUGAAUGAGGAGUACACCAGAAACAAGGAGGAGUAUGAGGAGGCCCAGAACGCCAUCGUCAAAGAGAUCAUCAAUAUUGCCUCGGGUUACGUGGACCCUCUCCAGACGCUGAGCGACGUGAUAGCGCAGCUGGACGCGGUGGUGAGCUUGGCCUUGGCGUCCGUUUCGGCGCCCGUGCCGUACGUCCGUCCCCGUAUCCUGGAUGAAGGCUGCCGGCGCUUGGAGCUGGUGCAGGCCCGCCACCCCUGCAUGGAGACGGACGCCGACACUGCCUUCAUACCCAACGACGUCUCCUUCGUUCAGGGAGAAAGGAGUUUCUACAUCAUCACAGGACCCAACAUGGGGGGGAAGUCGACGUAUAUCCGGCAGGUGGGUGUGAUUGCCCUGAUGGCUCAAAUUGGCUGCUUCGUCCCAUGUGAGAAGGCGGAGCUCAGCGUGACUGACAGCAUUCUGGCGCGAGUGGGAGCUGGCGACAGUCAGGUGAAAGGAGUGUCCACCUUCAUGUCGGAGAUGUUGGAGACCGCUGCCAUUUUACGCUCGGCCACCGAGAACUCGCUCAUCAUCAUCGACGAACUGGGCAGGGGCACGUCGACGUACGACGGUUUUGGGCUGGCCUGGGCCAUCAGUGAGCACAUCGCAUCCAAAAUUAGCUGUUUCUGUCUCUUUGCAACUCACUUUCAUGAGCUGACGGCGCUGGCAUCGCAGCAGCCCAGCGUGCACAACCUGCACGUCACGGCCUUGACGACCCACAACACACUCACCAUGCUGUACAGGGUCAAAGCAGGUGUGUGUGACCAGAGUUUUGGGAUUCACGUUGCGGAGUUGGCCUGCUUCCCUCCAGCCGUGCUCGCGGUGGCGAGGGAAAAGGCUGAGGAGCUGGAGGAGUUCCAGGAGCCCAUGGGGAAUCAACAGGAGGAGGAUGAGCCCCAGACAAAGAGGAGGAGGACGGACAAACAAGUGGGAGAAAGUCUGAUCCAGGAGUUUCUACAGAAGGUGAAGUCCCUUCCUGUCGACACCAUGGCGGAGGAGGAGGUUAAGGUGGAGCUGAGGAGACUGAAGCAGGAGCUCAUCUCCAAAAACAACACCUACAUCAGUGACAUCCUGGCUCGCUGUGUUCCUGUAAAAACUGCCUGAUUUUCACUGUAGAGAGCCACACUACAACACUUCCUCUGUAUAGUUUCCUAAUAAAGGUUUUCUCUUUA